AGUAGAGCAUGUGCUUUUUAAAUGUAGUGAAUAUGAAGAUCAGCGUAACAGUCUUUUUAACAAUAUAAAGAACAGGCCAGUGAGCGUUGUGGACCUUCUGGGGAAGGGUUUGAGUGAUAGUCAGGUAUAUGAGGUGGUUUGAACAUGUUUAGAGCUUACAGGACUAGACCACAGGAGUUAGUGUCUGAGGAUGAGGAUCAUGAUGCUUCUGCUCAUCUCAGAGGUUCAGGAGCCCAGUGUGGAAGCUGAAGGAACUGAACACACAGCUCCAGCUGAAGCUUGAUCCUCUGGGGUGGGUGGGGCAUUACAACUUUUUAUUUUUCUUUUAUUGAUAGCAAUACAUAUUCAUCACCCAUGUGCGCAAGAUAUAGCCUACAGUAGGUGGUGGUAAUACCCAUAAGAAGUGAACGGCCAUUGAACAAAAAGAAGAAGAAAAAGAAGAAAAAGAAGAAAAGAGGAACAAGAGUGCUUUUUUUUACUGAAUCUGUCUUCAUUUUAGACAAAAACUGUAAAAAAUAAAAACAAAAUGACGUAUUUCUCAAAUUUGCUCUCAUUGCUCCUGUAUUUACUAGUGUAUGGUAACGUUAUGUCUGAUGAUAGAGACACAUUCUUUGUGACGGAGGGAGAUUCAGUCACUCUACAAUAUUAUAUGAGAGAAACACAAGAUCAGGAUAUUAGGAUAAUUCAUGACAAGGGAUAUUCCAUCGAUAGCUGUACAUUCACCGAUCAUCUUACAUGUAGAUUUGAUCAUAAGGGACUCAGAGACAGACUGAAAGUGUAUGAAAAUGGAUCUCUGACCAUCACCAACACCAAAGUCACAGACUCUGGAGAUUAUGAUAUAACCACCUUCUUUCAGAGCCAUGUCCGUCAUAGAACAAGAUCCUACUCUGUUGUUGUUCGUGGUUUUUUCAGUUUUGAUACAGACGGAGUGUCAGUGAUGGAGGGAGAUUCAGUCACUCUACACAUUGGUGAUCAAGUGAACCAAGAACAAAAGAUUAGAUGGUAUUUUAAUCAAACUGAAAUAGCUAGAAUCUUAGAAUAUGAUCCUUUCCAUCAUAGCAGGAUCUGUACAGAUGUUCAGUGUAAUAAUGACACUGAGCGAUUCAGAGACAGACUGAAGCUGGAUCAUCAGACUGGAUCUCUGACCAUCAGAGACAUCACAAACACAGACUCUGGAUUUUAUGAUCUACUGAUCAACAGUGUCUGGGACAACCACCACUUCAUCCGGUACAGCAGCAGAAGCAGCAGCAAUACCAAGAUCUUCAUCGUUGCUGUUCAUGGUGUUCCUGCUGCUGAACGACAUAAAAUGAAGAGAAAGUCAGUGAAGGAGGGAGAAUCUGUUACUUUAGACACUCAUGUAACGAAAAACCCAAAUAAUUCGAUAACAUGGUAUUUUAAUGACAUUCGUAUCGCUGUAAUUACCGGAGAUCAGAGUGAAAUCUGUUCAGUUGAGCGAUUCAGAGACAGACUGAAGCUGGAUCAUCAGACUGGAUCUCUGAACAUCACAAACACCACAAACACAGACUCUGGAGAUUAUAAACUACAGAUCAGGAGCAGCAGAUUCACCAUCAUAAGGAGCUUCAGUGUUUCUGCUGCUAGUUAUUCUGUUGAUUCAGGCAAAGUAUCAUUGAUGGAGGGAGAUUCAAUCACUUUUCACACUGAUGUUGAAACAAACCAACAAGAAGAGAUUAGAUGGCGUUUUAAUAAGAUUCUCAUCGCUGAAAUCAUUGGAGAUCUCAGUUUUAUCUGUAUAGAUGUUCAGUGUAAUAAUUAUGCUGAGAGAUUCAGAGACAGACUGAAGCUGGAUCAUCAGACUGGAUCUCUGACCAUCAUAGACAUCAGAACCACAGACUCUGGAGAUUAUACACUAGAGAUAAACAGCAGCAGCAUCAUCCAGAGGAAUGUCAGUGUUACUGUCACUGGUGUUUCUGCUGCUGAACGAGAUAAAAUGAAGACAAAGUCAGUGAAGGAGGGAGAAUCUGUUACUUUAGACACUUAUGUAAUAAACAAACCAGACAUAAUGUGGCAUUUUAAUAAAACUGUAAUCACUGGAGAUCAGUGUAAAAUCUGUACAGAUGUUCAGUGUGAAUAUUCAGAAGAGAGAUUCAGAGACAGACUGAAGCUGGACAAUCAGACUGGAUCUCUGACCAUCACAAACACCAGAAUCACAGACUCUGGACUUUAUAAACUACAGAUCACCAGCUACAGCACAAUCCGCGUCACCAGUGUAAAGAGCUUCAGUGUUACCGUCACUGGUGUGGUGCCAGUGUCAGUGAGGACAAGAGAUUCACUCACUCUACGCAAUAAUGUUAAAACAAACCAACAGGAAGAGAUUAGAUGGUAUUUUAAUGACACCCUCAUCGCUGAAAUCACUGAUGAUCUCAAGAUCUGCACUAAUGUCCGGUGUAAAGAGAAAUUCAAAGACAGACUGAAGCUGGAAGAGUUUGGAUCUCUGGUCAUCAUGAACAUCAGAACUGAAGAUGCUGGAGAAUAUAAACUAAUGAUCAGUGGCAGCAUCGUAGAGAUCUUCUAUGUUUCUGUCACUAGUUAUUCUGUUGAUUCAGGCAAAGUAUCAGUGAAGGAGGGAUAUUCAGUCACUUUACACACUGAUGUUGAAACAAACCAACAAGUAGAAAUUAGAUGGCAUUUUAAUAAGAUUCUCAUCGCUGGAAUCACUGGAUUAUCCAGGUAUAACUGUAAAGAUAUUCAGUGUAAUAAAGAUGUUGCUGAGAGAUUCAGAGACAGACUGCAGCUGCAAUAUAGAACUGGAUCUCUGACCAUCAUGAACACCAGAACCACAGACUCUGGAGAUUAUGAACUACAAAUCAUCAACAGCAGCAACAUCAUCAAGAGGACUGUCGGUGUUAAUGUCACUGGUGUUUCUGCUGCUGAACGAGAUGAAAUGAAGAGAAAAUCAGUGAAGGAGGGAGAAUCUGUUACUUUAGACACUCAUGUAAUAAACAAACCAGACAAUUUAAUGUGGCAUUUUGAUGAAAUUGUAAUCACUGGAGAUCAGAGUAAUAUCUGUACAGAUGUUCAGUGUGAAUAUUCAGAAGAGAGAUUCAGAGACAGACUGAAGCUGGACAAUCAGACUGGAUCUCUGACCAUCACAAACACCAGAAUCACAGACUCUGGACUUUAUAAACUACAGAUCACCAGCUACAGCACAAUCCGCGUCACCAGUGAAAAGAGCUUCAGUGUUACUGUCAUUGGUAACGUUAUGUCUGAUGAUAGAGACACAUUCUUUGUGACGGAGGGAGAUUCAUUCACUCUAAAAUAUUAUAUGAGAGAAGAACUUUGGGAUAUUUGGAUGUAUCAUGAUGGCGAGAGAUAUUCAAUCAGGUACUGUAGGCAUCAUAAUUGGUGUAUAUCUGAUUAUGAGGGAUUCGGAGACAGACUGGAAGGGAAUCAAAAUGGACCUCUGACCAUCACAAACACAAAAGUCACAGACUCUGGAGAUUAUCGCAUAGAAACCAGAUUUGGGAAUAGAAUAUUAUACUCCUCUACUGUUGUUGUUCGUGGUUUUUUCAGUUUUGAUACAGACGGAGUGUCAGUGAUGGAGGGAGAUUCAGUCACUCUACACACUGGUGUUCUAUUGAACCAAGAAGAAAAGAUUAGUGAUCAAAUUAUACCAACAAAAAAGAUUAGUGCUCAAAUCAAAGUAACAGCGAAGAUAAGAUGGUAUUUUAAUAAAUCUGCAAUAGUUAGAAUCUUAGGAGAUCUCAGUUAUAUUUGUACAGAUGUUCUGUGUAAUAAAGGUAAUGAGAGAUUCAGAGACAGACUGAAGCUGGAUCAUCAGACUGGAUCUCUGACCAUCAGAGACAUCAGAACCACAGACUCUGGACUUUAUGAUCUACUGAUCAACUGGGACAACAAUCACAGCAGCAGCAGCAGCAGCAGCAGCAAAAGAAGAAUAGAAAGCUGGCAAAGAAGGAGCAGGAUGUGGCGCAGAACGAGCAAUACCAAGAUCUUCAUCGUUGCUGUUCAUGGUGUCUCUGAUGCUGAACGACACGAAAUGAAGAGAAAGUCAGUGAAGGAGGGAGAAUCUGUUACUUUAGACACUCGCGUAAUAAAAAACCCACAUAAUUCGAUAACAUGGUAUUUUAAUGACAUUGGCAUCGCUGUAAUCACUAGAGAUCAGAGUGAAAUCUGUUCAGUUGAUAGAUACAGAGACAGACUGAAGCUGGAUCAUCAGACUGGAUCUCUGACCAUCACAAACAUCACAAACACAGACUCUGGACUUUAUAAACUUCAGAUCAGGAGCAGCAGAUUCACCAUCAUGAGGAGCUUCAUUGUUUCUGCUGUUAGUUAUUCUGUUGAUUCAGGCAAAGUAUCAGUGAUGGAGGGAGAUUCAGUCACUUUACACACUGAUGUUGAAACAAACCAACAAGAAGAGAUUAGAUGGCGUUUUAAUAAGAUUCUCAUCGCUGAAAUCAGUGGAGAUCUCAGUUUUAUCUGUACAGAUGUUCAGUGUAAUAAUGAAGGUACUGAGAGAUUCAGAGACAGACUGAAGCUGGAUCAUCAGACUGGAUCUCUGACCAUCAGAGACAUCAGAACCACAGACUCUGGAGAUUAUACACUAGAGAUAAACAGCAGCAGCAGCAUCCAGAGGAAUGUCAGUUUUUUAGUGUCACUGGUGUUUCUGCUGCUGAACGAGAUGAAAUGAAGAGAAAAUCAGUGAAGGAGGGAGAAUCUGUUACUUUAGACACUUAUGUAAUAAACAAACCAGACAAUUUAAUGUGGCAUUUUAAUGAAACUAUAAUCACUGGAGAUCAGUGUAAAAUCUAUACAGAUGUUCAGUGUAAAGAUGCUGAAGAGAGAUUCAGAGACAGACUGAAGCUGGACAAUCAGACUGGAUCUCUGACCAUCACAAACACCAGAACCACAGACUCUGGACUUUAUAAACUACAGAUCACCAGCUACAGUACAAUCCGUGUCACCAGUGUAAAGAGCUUCAGUGUUACUGUCACUGCUGACCGAACAGGAAUAUAUUCUGCUGUUCUGAUGUUCUUGGUAACAUCUGCUGGACUAAUUUACUAUUGCAAGUGCAAUUCAAGAAGGAAAUUUGAGUGUUAUAUAGAGCUGAUUUAACAAGAUGGAAAUAAUUAAAGACAUACACUGUAUGUGUAUAUAUAUUAAUAAGGGACUAAGAUACAGAGGCAGACUGAAAGUGGAUCAAAAUUGAUCUCUGGCAAUCACAAACAACACAAUCACAGACUCUGGUGAUUACGAUAUACUGACCAUCUGAAUGACCGUUUAAAAGAAAGAUCCUACCUUGUUGUUCGUGGUGAGUCAUAAUGUUUAAAAGCAAGUUAUGUACAUUUAAAAUCACAUCAUUAAUGUAUUUAGAGAAAGUUCUUUGCAUUUCAAAAUAAACUUCUAAAUGUCUGUUCAGUAGUCCCUAUAACAGAUGCCAAUUUAAUUU